AUGGCCGACACAAGCGAAACCACGACAAUCCCGAUCACAGUUGACUUCUCAGGAGGUCUCGAGAUGCUCUUCGACAGCAAACGGCGACACUCGAUCUCGCUGCCUGCAACCGAUGGAAGCGGCAAACCCGCCAACAUUGCCUUUCUGAUCGACCAUCUCUGCAGGAACCUGAUGAAAGACCCGCGCGCCGAGCUGUUUGUCCUCGACAACCACAUUCGCCCCGGCAUCCUAGUCCUCAUCAACGACGCCGACUGGGAACUUGAAGGGGAAGAGGCCUAUGAGAUCCAGCCCCGAGACAACAUUCUGUUUGUCUCAACGCUACACGGAGGCUGA